AGUUUUGUUGUGAGCUGCUUAACAGGCUGGGUCAACCAUCUGAUUUCCUUCCAAAAUUCAUUACUAAAACUCUGUUUUUCGUAUCAUUUAUUCAAAUGAUUUUCCUCAUGUUGGAGUCUUUUAAACGUUGACCUGAGAUGGCCCUCRGUUCAUUUUUUGCCCGUGUUUGAUCCAUGACUGUUUCAGUGUGAGGAUCGAGGUUAAAUCUGUGAGACAGGUCAGGCUCUUGUCUCAGCUUGUCUUCCGUAAUAAGAAGCCUCUGCUGAUCAGACCACUCCCUCUCUCAACACAAACGGAAGAAGUCUGAGCUUUUCUUCUUCACUUCUUCAUUUCUCUGAGAACCAUGAGCGCGGAGGAUUUCAUGGYGGAGUCCAGCGCGCUCGAGGAGCUGCAGACAGAACUCACCUGUCCCGUGUGCCUCGAGCUGUUCCGGGACCCGGUGAUCCUGGAGUGCGGACACCACUUCUGUCAGGUGUGCAUCAUCCAGUGCUGGGAGGCCAAGGCGGACGAGAUCUCCAGCUGUCCCAAGUGCAGGAAGUCGUGCGCCCGCAGGCUCAGACCCAACUCGCUCCUGUGCAACGUGGUGGACAGCGUGCGCAGAGCGCGUGCCAUGGACGCGGCYGCCGCGGGUACGUCGGGUUUGGACUUCGAGGGCUGUCCGGACGGGAACCCGGAGGAACGGGAGCCCGGGUCCAGCGUGGGCAGCGAGGCCUCGUCCAUCGGACACUGGCCCCAGCUGGUCCUGGACAUGUGUGAGGAGCACGAGGAGAAGCUGAAGCUGUACUGCGAGGACGACCAGCUCCCCAUCUGCCUGGUGUGCGGGAUGUCCCGGGACCACAAGACCCACAAUGUCAUCCCCAUUACCGAGGCCUUUGAGAACUACAGGGACAAGCUGUCCGUGGCUCUGGAUCGAGUUCAGCUGCAGGCCGAGGACGCCACGCUUUUCCAGAAACAGACCAACGACAAAAUCCUCCUCAUUAAGGAGCGAGCAGGAGACCUGGAGGAGCAGGUCACUGCAGAAUUUGCUCGCCUGAGGGAGUUCCUGACUGAGGAGGAGGAGCGCAUAAAGGAGAAUCUGCAGAAGGAGAAAGAAGAGCGGCUCAACCAGCUGGAGGAGRCGCUCACUCAGGCCACGGAGCAAAUCAGCCAGCUGGAGAGCGCAGCCGAAACGCUCCGCAUCAAACUGAGAGAAGACGAAAACCCAGAGCAGCUGAAGGGAAUCAAAGAUUUAAUCGGCGGGGCUCAGUGCUUGUUUGAGCGCCCUCCAGAGGUCAGUGUUGAUCUGCAGUCAGGAGAAUUUCUGGGCCCUUUGCAGUACAGAACCUGGAGGAAAAUGAGCUCGAUUUUUCAGCCAGCUGUGUCAGCAGUGACCUUUGACCCCGACACAGCCUACCCCUGCCUCUGGGUGUCUCCCUGCCGCACCAGCGUCCAGGUGGGAAGGAUCCAGUGCGACCUGCCCAACAACCCCGAGCGCUUCACUCGCUACAACAUCGUCCUGGGCUCCGAAGCCCUCUCCUCAGGCAGACACUACUGGGAGGUGAAGGUGGGCCGCAAGACGGCGUGGGGCCUGGGCGUAGCCAGGGCCUCCGUCAACAGAAAAGAUGAGAUCAGCCUCUGCCCGGACGAUGGUUUCUGGACCCUGGUGCGCAGGGACAAAGGCGAUGGCUCCAGCGAGUACGAAGCGUGCACCGACUUGGACGAGAACUUGAUAUAUCCACCAAAACACCCCAAGACAGUGGGGGUCUAUCUGGACUACGGGCGCGGUGAGGUGUCUUUUUAUGAUGCUGGGGACAUGAGACACCUCUUCACCUUCUACAACGCAAACUUUAAGGAGCCUCUUUAUCCCUACUUCAACCCCUGGCCAAUCAUCAACGGGCAGAACCGGGAGCCACUCACCAUCGUGACGCCACGCUGGAGAUCAUUGGUUUGAACAGGUGAUCCGAGAUGAAGAACUCGCUGAUCUCCUGUCUGCCUGAUAAAGACUUUAUGACUGUUUAACACUGAACUUUAUGACUCUGAACCUUUUUAAUGACUGGUAUUACAACAGGAGAACAGACAUAAAGACAUCAUAAAUAAAUGGCACUUUAAGGAUUUAAAUGAAAGAAUUGAGACACGCAUUACUGUAUCUGUGUAGCCAAAACCUGAUCCUUCAUUCUAAGACCCAGAAUCAGCCAAACAUUUUCUAUCCUAGUCCACUUUAGCAAAACAAUCAAGUUUAUCUCCUUUCUGCAUUAAAACAAAAAGACAAAUGUCAUUAAGUACCGAUUUACGCUGUGUAUUUCUUAUUUGCCUUCUCCAUGCUACAUGCUCUGUAACCCACCUCCAUCACAACUUUUUAUUCUGUUUUCUGACUUCAUCAUCAACAUGAUGUCGCUGAUAAGGCUGGGAAAUAAAACAAUAGCAAUAUA